GUAAUAAAUACCUACAUAUGAGCUUAACACCACUCCCAUAUGAGUGCCAGAAAUGUGUACUACAGUUCUUUGAAGCUAAUAGGAGAUUUAAAUUAGUGGAACGAUGUGACUCCCUAAAAGCAGCCGACAAAGCUGCUCCCCUCCACAUCUACAAGCUCUACAUGAAUCCCCGUGUCAUCCGAAUCAACCGACAUAGGUACACGUUAGGACUGCUCCGCCACCUACCGAAAGACCAUGUCUACUAUAGUCCAUAUAUCAACAAUGUGAACUUAGAUGGAGGUGCUGCCUAUGAUAUGGAUCAGUAUGGGCUUAAGGAUCCCCGCUGCAAUGAGGUUUUGAGCCCUGGAGAUUUGAAAGUUGAAAGCAAGGAAAAAAUUAAUAAUAUGGAGGAUAUGACAAUGGAGAUGUUGCAAUUUGCAAUGCGGGAUUUUAUAAGACCACAGGGGCGGAUGCAGGUGCAGCAGAGGGAAGACCCUGAAAGCUCUUCCGAAGAUGAUGAGGAUGAAGCAGAAGAUCUUCCAGCAGAAGGAUCAGAUGAUGAAGACGAUGACCCCCAGGAAGCUCAGAUCCGGCGUAUCCUCGGCGACGCUUACCUCCCAAGAGCACGCUAUUCAUCUUCAGAAUCCGAAGCAUCUGAAUCCGAAGACGAGCCAGACAUAGAUCCAGCAGUCACCGACCAACUCGAAGCAUACACGAAUCCAUACAGCUGGCGAGAGGAAAAUGAACCAGCUCCAUACAGAUUUGGCAUCAGAUUCCAAAGGAUGAACUUAGACUUCAGGCGGGACAGGGAGACUUUCCAUGGGAUCAUUGAGUAUCUGGAUUAUAACAAGAAAAUGUAUGAUGCGAUGAAGUAUAUCACAGAGAAGUUGUUCGGAAAAAGAGCUCACCCAAUUGUGAUAAAGACCCUGGAGCUUGGUGAUGCAGGUGGGGUCUACCGACUCCCCGAGAAUUUUAAAGUGAAAGUUUCCAAUAUGAGAUUUGGUACGGAGUUCGGACUGCUUUGGGAUGGUCUGAACAGUAUUUUCCACGAGAGCACUCUGCCUUUCAAGAGCUUGCAUAUGCCUCUAGAGCACGACCACCCAGUUAUCCAUGCCACCCAGCGUCUGGUUAUCGGAACUGAGAAAAUGUUUGGGGAGAACUUUGCCUGGAUCCCUUUCCUACUGAAGCUUCCACAGAAGAAUGUCUACAUGCUUCAUAGUCCACUGUUCCAUCAUGACUAUGUGCAGCUGAUUGAUAAUUGGAUCGAGACACCGAAGAGUAUUGGGACCUGCUUUACGUUUGGUGUUAAGCAGUAUCACGCCACCCAAUCCACAUUGAACUUGCUCGGGGAUCAUCCGAUGGUUGUGAGCAAGAGGAUGGAGGGAGUAGACUGCACCGAAUUCCCUCACUGCUUCAACAUCCCGCUGACCUAUGAAUCCGAGCUUAAUGUCUACGGUAAGAAGAGAACUGAAAACUUGGACCCUUUGGAGUUUAUGCCACAUGUCAGUUGGUGCCUGGUCUUCGAAGUGAUGCCAAUUGGAAGCGCUUUACCAUUGGAGGACUGAUUUUUCAAUUUGCUAAUUUUUUUUUUCAAUUAUGUCUUGUUGUCGUGUUUUUGAUAAUCUGAAAUUUGUUGCGUGGAUUUUAAUAAAAUGUUUUUUUGGU